AUGCUCAUUGAUGGCGAGAAGUGGGCUUGUGAAGCUUGCGUCCGGGGUCACCGUGUCAGCAGCUGUCACCACAGUGACCGCCCCUUGACCCACAUCAAUAAAAAAGGCCGUCCAGUCUCUCAAUGCGCUCACUGUCGCGGUCUACGCAAGUCACGGACAACCCACACAAAGUGCGAGUGUGGUGACAAGAAAAAGAACAGCCACAAGCAUGAUUUAGAUCCCCACCACGCCAAUGAUAAGCGGGAUCACAAGCAGGACUCCCGUCCAAGAUGUGGCUGCACUCAUGGACAGCGCUGUACAUGUGCGCUGAAGAAGGAACCCCACCUAAAUACUGUGCCGGAAACUGGCCUUCCUCUGCCUCAGCAUACUAUUCUGUCGGAACCACCCAAGAAGCCCCAGUUGACCUCGACCAAGUCGGAGAGCACGCUUACGAUAUUCCGAGAUGGUCACCACAAACCGGCUCAUAAGCACAAUGACAUGGCUCACAAAUGUGGUCUGCCUUACACGAUUCCCCGGUCUCAUACGAUCCACUCGACCUCCGAUGUGUCUCGUCGGUCCGUCGAUCAGAUGCCCUUGACUCAAGCGGCCUUGAUGAACGAACCAUUUGCGACUCAACCAUUUCCGGAACAGCAGCCCACCCACGCUCCUCAGCGUCGUGUCAAGUCCGAGCAUGGGUCUCCCGAGAGUGCCCCCGUCGUGUCCACGGAAGAUGUACCGACGACAGUCCCCCCACUCGACCUCUCGUCUUUCUUCCCUCAGCCUCAGCCCAUGAAUAAGCCCCCUGAGGCCGAGCCGGUGUCCCUUUCCAUGGGGAAGACGCCCCUAAAUCCACUCAUGACCAGUGUACCGCCUCUUGAUGUCUCGUCCUUCUCUACUUUCCCGACCACGACCACAUCGCCCGUGAACACCAUGGCGUUCCAGGAUCCUUACAAGGAGCAGUUUUUUACGUCGCCAGACAACGAUAUGCCAUUGGGCCCUACAGGGUUCAACGCACCCCCUGUCGAUUGGUCAAGUUUUCCUCUGUACUCCUCGGAUGUUCCUGCCGCGACCAGCACACAAGCUCCCUCUUACGCGAGCUUCGACUACAACUCUAUGAGCCAUGGUCUACCAGCCCCAUCUUCAUCUGGCGAUAUAUCCGAAGUGGAGGAUUUCGCACCGUUUUCCGGCUUUGGAAACGCAGGCAAUGACCUUCAAGAUCUCACCAGUGGGAGCGAAGGCUCAGAUCUCGAUCAUUUCCGUAUAAGUUCCGCGUCAUCUUUCAUUGGCCUUCCUCAGGCGCAACUCUUAUCGUCAAAUCAGCUGGACUCAAUCAACAUCGACGACUUCCUUAAGUCCGCCAAUGAGUCGACAGCAGCACUAGAGCAUCAACUUCAAGCCAAUAUGGGGAUGGAACCCAAGCCACUCCCGUCGCAGGACACCUACGCCAUGUCGGACGCCCAGACCUUCAAACCAAUGACCACCCCUACGACGAGCCUUCCGAUCACGACGUCCGCUGCAGAUCCCAUGUGGCCCGCGGCGCUCUUUGACCCCGCUGCUGCGUCGGUCGAUGACAACAAUUUUUACCCGCCGUCAUGGGUGCAGUAG